AUGCUAGGAAUUGGGAAACAUCCAAACAUUGGAGUUAGAAACAGACUUGGUUAUCCAUUAAAAAGGAAGUAUUUGCCAGAGGAUCGAAUCCGUCAGAAAAUUGUCCAAGGAAGUCUAGAGCUAAGGACGUUAGCUUCACAGUUAGAACAGGCAUAUAUUAACAAGGAGAGAGCAGCCCAACUUGCAGAAAAGCGUGCACAGCAACAGAUAGAAGAAAAUGAGAGAAGGUUUGAAAAUGAAGAGAAGGAGAAAGAAAGAUUAAACAACCUAGAGAAAGAAAAACAAGAAAUUAGGGAUGAUGCACUUAGAAGACUAAGGUACCAAAAAGAGCUUGAUGAGCAGCUAAAACUGAUCCAGGAGGAGAGAAAUAAAAUCUUCAACCAGUUUAUUGCCGAGAAAGAGAUGAUAGAUUCUAUUGUUACAAGAAUACACCAGGAGAACCAGGAACAGAGGCUCAGGAAAUUAAGGGAGAAGGUUGAUCAACAGACCAGUAUCCAGGAGUACCUGGAGUCUAACCAAGUCUGGAGGGAGAGGGAGAACCAGAGAACUGAAAAGGAAAACAGGAUGAUAAAGAUGUUCUUGGAGGAGAAGGAGAGACGGGACAAGAGGAACCAGGAGAUGGAAACAGAGAGAAGACAACUUAAAAACCAAACCGUUCUUAAACUCUCAGAACAAAUCAGGAUCAAGGAAGAAGAAAAGCUUGAGAGAGAAAGACUAUUGCUUGAACUUUUACAAUUUAGAAAUCAAGAAAAGGAUAGAUUGCGAGAAGAACAGGAAAUUGAAGACGACAUUCGUCGUAGGGUUAAUCUUAGAGAAUCUAACAUACUUGCAGCUCAAUACAGGAAGGACAAAGAAAGGAGGGAGGAGGAGGAGGAUGAACGGUGGAAGGAGAAAAUGAUGCAAAAGUUUGCCGAAGAUGAUAAACUAGAGCAAAUGAACGAGCAGAGGAGGCGGAUGAAAAGAGAAGAGCACAAAAGAGCAAUCCAGGAGAUCCUUCAAGAUAAGCAGAGGAGAAGGAUGGAGGAGGCCGAAAAGAAUAUUGCUCUAAGAGCAGAGCAGGAAGAUGAAGAGAGAAGACAGAGAAGUAUUCUGGAAGAGGAGAGAAGACGAAUGCUCCAAGAGCAUAUACAGAAGUUGGAAGGAUACAUACCUAAAGGAGUACUUACUCAGUCGGACCUGAACCUGCUAGGAGAGCAGCUAAACCUUAAGACGUGGGGAAGCAGUUAAACUACUGGGUUGAGUAGCUAAACCUAACCGACUAAAGAAGCAGCGAAAAGUUAUAACUUCUAAGCAGCUAAAUUUAAACUCCUUGCAGGAAGCAUCAGUGAAACCCGAACUAUGAUAAACAGCUAAAACUUGACUACUUAGCUACAGUGGUAAACGAUUUUAUCAAAACAAAGAAGACGACUUUCGAAUUAAAUUUUGAUUUAAAUCAAGCUAUAGAACAGCAUGGAAACACGUAAACAUAGAAGUCAGUAGAAUUAAUCAAUUAAAUAAUCAUUGUGUUGAUAUAAUCCCUUACCACCGUAUGUUAUCAAGUUAUCUAAAGAAACGCAAUAAACGUAGUGUAAAAUGUAAAUUGUAAAAUGUAAAUAAAUGUUUAGAAAGAA